UGACAAACAUGGCCGAUGCGGAAAAAUAUUCAUGACAGCAGCAGAGACAAAACACCAGGUUGCAUUGUUUCCCCCAAGUUGAGCCAUGUCUUCCCCAGUCUCUACAGAAAAGCCACCUGCAGCUCCAACCCCCAUAGCCAGUGGCAUGGCGAGCAGUGUGUGGGGCUGGGCAGUGCUAGGAGGGACUCUGUAUUUUACUACCUUUGGCCUGACUGGAGGAAUAUGUGUGAUAUUGUAUGUACUGGCAUUUGUUGCAGGUUGUUUGACCAUAGCAUACUACAUUGGCAGGAAGCAGUCCAUUGUCAUGUUGGAAUAUGGCCAGCCAAGUUUUGGAUAUCCAAGAAGAGGAAUACCCAAGUUGGUGAAGGAGGUGACCACUAUUAAGCCAGUCCCAAAAGUUGACAAGCGUCUCACAGGAUCCAAUGUCAUAGAUGAAGCACUGCAGGAGGUACUAGAGUACACAUUUCGUGACUAUAUCCAUGUGUGGUACCAGAGACUCAGUGACCACGAGGGAUUUAAGUACGACAUGAGGCAAACCAUACAAAAAGUUGUCAUAGCUUUUUCAAGCAGGACCAAAGAGAUUGACUGGGUGCCCUACCUGACCACAAGACUUGUAGACGACUUCACAUCUCAUGUUAGAAUGUUUAGAAAAGCCAAAGAAAAGAUGAAGGCAAAAGACAAGGAUGGUAAAUACACAGAGGAGGAACUAAUGGAAGCAUUCUUUGACCAGGAGGCAAAGCAUGAAGUUAAAAAAGACUGUAACUCAGUACAUAUCUGCAGAGACAUGAUAUGCCUAAAGAAAGAAAGUGAGAUACAAUUCCUGCAGGAUUUGAGUGAAGUGCUGCUAUUUUUGCUGCUGCCUCCAGAAGAUUAUCAUAACAAGCCAUUCCGUUACAUUUGUAGGGAAGUAAUGGUCAAUGGAGUGUUCAUUCCCAGCAUAGAUCUACUGUCUGACCCAGACUACAUUAACCAGUAUAUUGCAUGGAUGUGCAAAGAAGACACCCUGACCAAAGAAGCAUUCCUCACUGUUCUGAAGACUUCAGACACCAUAGAGGAACUCCAAGCUGUCAGAGAGAAGGUGGACUUAGAUAUUGCUAAAUAUAGGGCCAGAGACACAGGUGGCAGUGAGGACACAGAAAUCAAGCGUCAGCUCAGUAGUCUGCAGUAUGUGAAGGCGACAUGUGACAAACAGAUAGCGCGACUACGAGGAGACCUGGACGAGGUGGAUGCAGGUGACGCACUAGGAGCGUUGAGUAUCAAGUAUCUCAGUAUCAAGUAUCUCAGUAUCAAGUAUCUCAGUAUCAAGCCAAAUGGUUAA